ACCCAUUGGAGCUAUGGCUUGUUUCGAAUUCUGCGUUACUUAUCAUUUCCUUUAAGGGGAAUUCAAGGUGGCCCUUUACAAUGUUUUCUUCGCUUCUUAUUUAUGUGAUGUGAUGAAUCUUGAAUUCAUGUAAGUUACUCAAGCAUUAGAAUCUUGAAUCUAAGCCAUAUUUCUCAAAAAAAUUCAUGAAAUAACUUUGGGGCACAGAUAAUUUUUCAAUGAAUUGGGAUGCUUCCUAAUGGUUUUGCAUGAAUGAUCAUGUAAAAUUUCAAUGAUUGAGUGUGGAUGUGAAAGUGGCUCCAUUUUUGCAAGUGAUAAUGGGACUGAAUGUGAAAGUAAUUUCAUAAUAUGCACAUUUUGCAUUAAACUCAAUGAUCAUGUAAUAUGAUUUAUUUGAAGGGAAACAAGCUGGAUUUAUCCAUUCAUAUUGGAUUUUCUGCAGUAAACUCAAGGUCAGUUGGAGUUCAGGUAAAAUCACGUUUAGAAAAUGAGAGCUGCACUCCAGGAGUUUCAAAUGAUUCUUUAGAACCUGCUCAGAAGAAGGGAACCCAAGUAUCAACAUCACGGCGUUUGUGUCUUACUUGUUUAUGUUCAAGUCUUGCUUUGGUCAGCAGUGCUGGCACCUCUGUUUCUCUAGCAAAUGCAAUGGCUAUGGAUGAGAAAGAAAAAGCUGUAUGCCGGAAUUGUGGAGGAAGUGGUGCUGUACUUUGUGAUAUGUGUGGUGGUACAGGAAAAUGGAAAGCUCUCAACAGAAAACGUGCUAAAGAUGUUUAUGAGUUUACUGAGUGUCCAAACUGUUAUGGUCGGGGGAAACUGGUCUGUCCUGUUUGUUUAGGUACUGGUUUACCAAAUAAUAAAGGUCUUCUAAGGAGGCCUGAUGCACAGAAAUUACUCGACAAGAUGUACAAUGGUCGACUUUUGCCAAGUUCUUAGUUAGGAACUUUGAUGCAAUUUUUUGUCAACAAGAUGAAUGAAUCCAGAGACAGUAUAUACACUGAUUGUUAGUCCAAGUACCACCACAAGUUUGAGAAGCUUUUACUCUGGAGAACAACCUUAAAAGUGUCUAAAGUUUUGUUUGUCAACCAACUACUAUUUAUUUGAUUUUUGUUCAAUGUAGAGAGGACAACAGAAUGCUUUGUUAGAUUCUUUUUUGAUAGACAUCUUUGUUGGAUUUGAAAGGUGAUUUAUGUUUAAUUUACAUAUAUCAAUUCACCUGUUUGGGAAGCCAUGUUAAGACACUUGUUAAAUUCAUAGCUUAGGUUGCUGAGCAUAACCAAGUAACAUGCUCAAGUGUACAUUU